GUACAGGAAGGUCAGAACAGUAUCAUGGCGUUGCUUGUGUCAGGUAGCACUCACCUGUCUUCGCAGUUGCGAUGGUUAAAUAAGUGUGUUUUACAGACGGGUUUUCACACUCAUAUUCUGUACACGUUUCAGUGUGCAACAAGGAAGAACGUCUUGCCUGCCUUUUCGUUACAGGGAUUCCAUAAAUCGGUGACAUUUAUCCGCACUCCCGCGCGCAAGACAGAACUUAAAUCCCUACAAUGUUCGCGUACAUUCACGUCUAUGCCUCCACCUCCCCAAUCAGGAGAUAAAUCAAACAAAAAGUCUGGGCCUGUUACAUGGAAAUCUUUAGCAGUAACGUUUGCAUCUGGUGGAGUGCUUUUGGCUGGAAUGAAAUACUUCAAAAAAGAAAAAGAGGAAAUGAUUGAACGGGAAAGGACAAAAUCUUUGGGAAAACCAGCUCUUGGAGGUCCCUUCUCCCUCAUUGACCACAACCAGAAGCCAAAGAAUAGUGAAGAUUUCUUUGGCCAGUGGAUUCUCAUUUACUUUGGCUUCACCCACUGCCCAGACAUCUGCCCUGAUGAGCUAGAGAAGAUGAUUGAAGUGGUUGAUGAAAUAGAUAGAAUACCCACACUUCCAAAUUUAACUCCCCUCUUCAUCACGAUUGAUCCAGAAAGGGAUACACCCGAAGCAAUAUUAAGAUAUGUAAAGGAAUUUUCUCCAAAGCUGAUUGGACUGACUGGAACAAAUGAACAGGUGGAGAAAGUGUCCAGGGCCUAUAGAGUUUAUUACAGUCAAGGACCAAAAGAUGAAGACAAUGAUUACAUUGUGGACCAUACCAUUAUCAUGUACCUUGUUGGCCCUAAUGGUGACUUCAUUGACUAUUUUGGCCAGAACAAGAAGAACACAGAGAUUGCGGCUACAGUAGCAUCACACAUGAGAAAGUACAAACACAAAAAAUAGGAUUUGUAUCUCCAAUUAGAUACACCCAGGUCUUACUAUAGGAAUCUUCUACCUAAGAACUACUGACACAUGCAACAUGAUGGUUUAACUGACUGCUGGGUUGGGACAGAUAUACAUUUGUGAUAGGUGCAUAUAGUAUACUAUAUAUUAAAUAUACUAUAUAUUUAAUUUCAUAGAGGAUUUGGAUGCUUACAGUGCUUAUCGAAUGAAAGUUCAGCUUGGUUUAACACUCCUUUACCUAAAUUAGGGAAAUUAUUUUCAUAUUGUUUCACUGAAAAGAUUUAGAAAAAAACAAUCUUGUUGUCAUUAUAAAAAACAUGCUCUGUGUCAAUAUAUUAUUAUUUUUUAAAUGUGUCCUCUGUCUCUUUGUACUCUGUAAAGCAAAAAGUAUAAAUCAUCCAUCUCUAAAGUCAACAUUAAGAAAAAAUGUUCUUUUGGUAUGAUUUUUAAUGUAAUAAUGGUCUUAACACUAGCAAUAAUAGAAAAGGGAUAGGAGGGGUUGAUCCAAUUAUUCGAGUAACCUAGUAAUAGAAGUCAAAAAUCAAUUCAGCACUUUGUAAAACUGCUGAUUUGUUGUUAUCCUAGUGCAUGAAUACUGAACAAGGAGCAAAGCAAACGGUUAUAAUUAUUACCAGCAAUCCUGAUUCAAUUGAGCUUUAUUUAGAACGUUAAUAAUUUGAAACGAGUGACAUUUACACAUAAGCCUCAAUAAGUCUGCAUCUGUCACUAAACAGAUUAGGGAUAUAAUGUCAAUCACAUGUUAAGUGUUCUGUAGCAUCUUUUCAAAACUAAAUAGGCUUUUAUGGCCUUUUAGAGGUGUGUAUGUAAAAAUAACACGUGAAAGAAAGUGUAAUAGUCCUGUAUGGUGGGCGGAUAGUAAUAGUGAUUUAAAUCACUUAGAGGAUCCUCUUAUCAAUGCAACGUGACAAAAAUAAGUUAAAAUGUUAGGCGUCUUUUAAUUAUAUGGUAUCCCACUUGGCUAGUUUGAGUUUCAUUUGGAUUUUAAUUUUAAAUAACGGCUUCCUUAUAUAAACCCAUAUUUUAAUAUUUUCCUUUACUAUACGGUUACAAAGACAAUGUCUGGGAUGAGUAAAGAAAAUAUUAAAAUCUGUUCUUAAGUAACACAGGUGAGCUGCUAGGAAAUAAAAGCAUAAUACAAGAGUAUCUUAAAAACAUUGGCAAUAAGUACCAAAUUGUAUCACAAAUGUUUUGAAAGCCAUUGCCUAGUGACUUUUGUAUGAAUGUUCAGAUUCCAGUUUUCACUGGAGACUGUUCUUACCAACUGUCAGAAUCUUAUAAGCACUGUAAUGCACACUAUUGCAAUUUAAUUGAAUGUAUCUUUUUGUUAGAAAAAAUGAAAAAAAAAAAACAUUGCAUCACUUCUUUUGUGAUGUUUUUUGCAGGGUAUUUUCACAUGACUUUUUCCAUUUCUAUCCCAUGAUAAAUUUGUAUCAAAAUGAAUGAAAUAUACUGACUAGUUACAGUACAUUAUUCACAAAAUAAUCGCUACAAUUCCAAAACUAGUAAUAGUCACAGUGUCCAGUGUCCUUAAUAUAAAGUCAGGCCAAAAUUAAAAUCAACUACUUCGCAUAUGGCCAUGAAGUGCUUCUAAAUAACAGUGAUGCAUUCACGAAACAUUAAUAGAGUGAUGCUUGAAUAACAGGUGUUGGGUGAUUUUCCCCAGCAUUCCAAGGCACCCACAUGCUCAUCAGCUGCUCUUUCUCACAGUGUUCUAUGGCUGUAGAAGGGAGGGUCUGUCUCUUAACACUUCUUGUGAAGUAAAACAUGUGUCUUAAGAUUUCCAGGUUCUAUAUCAGUCCUGCAUAUUCUGCUUCUUAUGUAUUAUAGAUAAGGGCCAAUAUGUGUUUUGUUCUGUAAAAGUAAUGACACCCAGUGUUAACGGAUACCCAAAGUACAUUCAUACAAAACAAGUAUAAAUAAAUUAAUAGCAAGGAGGUGUUUCUGCAUUUACUUGUCUGUUUUAAGUCUAAAUAGCAACAUUCUGCAAAUAUGCAAAAAAUAUCUAAUGUUUUGGGAAAGCCACAGAUAUUUGUAAAACUCCCAUUAUAGCACAUCACAGAUAUGGAUAGUCAGUUAGAUUGAACUAACUUAAAAAUAACACCAGGCUGAAGUAAUUCACAAGGACAAAAUGAGACCCUUUACUAAGCUGUAUCUCCUAAAUACUUUCUCAAACAGUCUGUUAAAUAUACAGAUCAAGUCAUGCAUUUUAUUAGUGCAUUGCUGCCAAUUUAAUAUAUUUCAUAAUGCGAGAUAACAUUUUUAUGCGAGAUAACAAUACAAAAAUAUGUUUUGUUUGCAAUGCUCGCAAUAACAUAUGGUGUUGUAUUGGAUGGAACAGAGGUAAUAUUUGUACCUGCUUCCAGAAUGUAAAGAAACAGUUGCUGAGCUGCUAUUGGAUAUAAUAGAAGAAGCGCUUCACCUUGACCAAUGACCUUAUCUUGUACUAAACAUGGUUUAGACAGCAGUCUCCCAGACUGAAGAUCCACUUACACUGGUGACACCUGCUACAUUCUCCAGAGGAAAGACGACCUCCUGGGAAUGUGGAUAGCCUCCACAAGAUAUCUUUGAAAAGCAUCUGUCUCAUUUCUGAGACAUGUUCCGUGCUUUGUAGGAAGAGUGAUACCCAGACUAGUCAGAAGAGAUGAGUGAAAGCCAUGAAGAGGUCUCUUGGCUGAAGUUCUUCAGUGGUCUUAUUUAGGAUCUCCUGUAUUCCUGUUUAUAUCAGGCCAACAGCUGGGAAAUGCAUUUUAAAAAGAAAAAA